UAACAACAGAGCAGGCGGUCUCCUCACACACCGGGGUCCUACCAACGUCUCUGCUCACGCAGACCUUAAACAACGAUCGACAGCAGAGGAUAUUCUGGUGGGACAGUUUUGACAUGCUUGAUUUGGAUUGUCAUCAUGGACAAGAUUUUGGAGGGCCUCAUCAGCUCCGAUCACGCUGUUCCAGUGAAGAGGGCCAUUGUGAAGAAGGUAGUGGAAGCAGCAGAGAAAGCAGUGACGGAGGAGCAGUGUCAGGCGCUGUUCACUCUCACUACUCGCCUCAUCUUACUUGGUGAAGAUGCCUUUCAGAAGCAGGUUGGCUUCCAGGUCCUGGAGGCCUACGCACGUUACCACCGCCCAGAAUUUGAGCGUUUCUUCAGCAAAGACUUUGUCCUCAGUCUUCUCCAGCAGGGCUAUGGCCAGCUGGACCGCAAAGACCCAGCCGCUAUAGACUACAUUCACUGCUGCCUGCGGCUGCUCAUCAGCUGCCCCUCGGUGCUGGAGAUCUUCAGCGUGAUCCAGGUAGAGGUUCUAAGGAUGGUGUGUGAACGUCCCGAGCCUACCCUUUGUGCCCACCUGAGCACCAUGCUGUCAGACUUUGUGCAGUGCAUCCCGAAAGACAAGUCAGGCAUUUUGUUCUGCCAGCAGCUGGUGAGGACCAUCAGUUACUUCCACUGCUUUGCAAGCCAAGAGCAGGAGCUGAGAGAGUAUGUAGAGCAGGUGACAAAGGUUAGCACACUGCUGCAGAACAUCUGGAAGGCUGAUCCAGCUACACUGCUGCCCUCACUGCAGGAAGUCUUUGCCAUCAUCUCUUCCACAGAUCCUUCCUUUGACCCAUCCAUCGCCUUGGCCAGUCUGGUCCAGCACAUCCCAGUCCAGAUGAUCACAGUGCUUAUCAAGAGUCUCACCACAGACCAGAACGUUAAAGACGCAAGCAUGACUAAAGCCCUCUGCAGAAUGAUUGACUGGCUUUCCUGGCCUCUGGCCCAACAUGUUGAUACCUGGGUCAUCGCUCUACUGAAAGGACUGGCUGCAGUUCAGAAGUUCACUAUCCUCAUCGAUGUUACUCUGCUCAAAAUUGAACUGGUAUUUAGUCGUCUGUGGUACCCCCUUGUACGGCAGGGGGCGCUUGCUGUCCUCUCUCAUAUGCUGCUCAGUUUCCAGCACUCUCCGGAGGCCUUCCAUUUGGUUGUUCCACAUGUGGUGCAUCUCGUCCAGUCCUUGAGGACAGAUGGCCUCUCAACCAGCAAAGCGUUCUUGCUGCAAUUCACUGAGCUCAUACACUGCAUGAUGUACCAGUACUCUGGCUUCCCUGACCUCUAUGACCAUAUACUAGAGGCCAUCAAGGAUCUCCCAAAACCAGGAGAAGAGAAGAUCAAGUUGGUGUUGAAUCAAAGUGCCUGGACAUCCCAGUCCAACUCAUUUGCCUCGGGUCCACUUAGGCAAGCUGGGAAGUCGGAAACAGGCAAAACUGGCCUGGUGAACCUGGGGAAUACUUGUUAUAUGAACAGCAUCCUACAGACCCUCUUCAUGGCCACGGAUUUCAGACGGCAUGUUUUAUCAUUACGUCUGAAUGGUUCCAACACCCUAAUGAAAAAGCUCCAGCUGCUCUUUGCAUUCCUUGCACACACUCAGAGGGCAGCAUACGCCCCCAGAAACUUCUUGGAAGCAUCUCGACCUCCCUGGUUCAAUGUGGGCUCUCAGCAGGACUGUUCGGAGUACCUCCGAUUUCUUCUGGACAGGUUACACGAAGAGGAGAAAACACUUCAGGUACUGGAAUCAGCUAAGCCAAAGGUUGCCUCCCCUGUUGACUCAAGCAGCACAGACCCAACAGGUCAGACGUCUCCAGAGGAGGAUGAAGAGUGCACUUUGACUCCAGCAGAAUCCAAACCUGAUGAUGACAGAAGGACUGUGACAGAGAAAAUGUUUGGCGGGAAGCUAGUCACAGGUAUUCGCUGUAUGCAGUGCAACAGCAUCUCUGAGAAAGAGGAGCCUUUUACAGACCUCUCUUUGGCCUUUUGUCCCUCUGCCACUUCUCAGGAUGGUGCUCAACCUGAGGGGCCCUCUGAGGAGCCCAAGAUUCUUUGUCAGGGAUCUGUCAAUGGUGGCAGUGAAAUUCCUGAGCCAGGCUCGGCAAAAACCCCAACCAGCCAUGUCCAUUUUGUGCCAGUGACAAAUGAGCCUCCUCUCUCUGUGCCUGACUUGGUGAACUAUUUCCUAGCUCCAGAGAUCCUGGAUGAAGAGAAUGCCUAUUUCUGUGAGAAGUGUAGCUCUCUCCAGCGGGCAGAGAGGAGCAUGAAAGUAGUGUCAGCGCCUGAGUACCUGAUCCUCACCCUGCUGCGGUUCUCUUACGAUGCCAAAUGCCACGUCCGCAGAAAGAUUCUAGACAAUGUCACCAUCCCGCCUCUCAUGAGACUUCCUGUUCAUGACCCUUCAAUGCCUUCAACAUGUUCCUCUUCCACAUCCUCCCCUCUACAAGUGGAUUCUCCAGAGAGCAGUGAGAAUUUGGCCAAGAAGCUUAAACCAUCGCAGAAAGAUGAGGAGGAUGAUGAAAACGAGAGAAUCGAUGGAGUGGAGCAGAUUCACAGAGGAGGAAACGCGCUCGUCCAGUCAGUGCCCUAUGUCCUCAGCUCAGUGGUGAUGCAUUCUGGUAUAUCAUCUGAGAGUGGCCACUACUACUCUUACGGUCGUAACAUCAAUGGAGCUGAUGGAGCACAGCAUUCAGCCAAUUGCUUCGCCCUCAAGGAGGAUUUGGGGAAUGGUCAGGCCGAGAGCAGCCUCUCCACUUGCUCAGCUCUCUCAAUUCCACCUGAACAAGCAGACACACUUCCAAAUAGUGGCCAGGAGGCAAAGGAUUGGCUGCUGUUCAAUGAUAGCAGAGUGACAUUCACAUCCUUUCAAUCAGUGCAAAACAUUACUAAUCGCUUCCCCAAGGACACAGCUUAUGUGCUCAUGUACAGGAAACAGGAGCUACCAGGGAAGAACAUAAAUGGGGGACUGAUGACAAACGAAAUGAGAUUGAGUGCUGAGCCUCCACUGCAGAAAGAACUACUGGAUGCUAUCAUCAAGGACAACAAGCUGUAUUUACAGGAACAGGAGCUCAAUGCCCGGACCCAGGCUCUCCAGGCCCCUUCAUCCUCCUGCUCAUUCAAGCCCAACGGUUCAGAUGACAAUAACCCACCGGGGAGCUGCGGCCCAUCUGGUGGAGGAGGAGGGGGAGGGGGCUUCAAUACCAUUAGUAGACUGGUCUUCUGAACCAAAAAAAAAAAGGCUGCAGGAAACCAAGAUGAACUGACCCCAAGGGAGUCAUGGACUGAUACACACAGGAGUCUGAACUGUCAUACCAUAGAUGUGCAUAUAAUCGAAUUAAAAAAAUAGCACUGAAAUGAUCUUAGAACACACACACACACACACA